UGUCAGUCACGAUAAAAGUGGUUUGGCAGCAAACACAGAUCUCGCCAAAACUCACCAGACGCAGAGGUCUGAAAAUCAAAUCUGCACCGGACUACCCUUCCCAUACCCCCUCACAAAACGCCGCCACCACCACCACCACCACCGCUCCCAUGCCUAAAUGAGCUCAGAUUGAUUUAUUUGCCGAGUCCUUCGAACAAAAAAACAGAGAAAAUGGCAGCAAAUGACAACUCAAAACCUGAAAUACCAGUGAUUUCACUGGAUAGCAGUGGAGAUGAAGCUGUGAAAAAUGAUUCGAACGAAGUAUCGGAGAGAGAAAUUAGAGAAGAAGAAGAAGACCAGAACGAGGACGAGGACGAGGACGAGGUGUUCAACAGCGUUAAAUCAAAUGGUGGUUGUUGGGUUAUAGAGGAACCAGAGAAAAUGGAAACAAAUGAGAACUCAAAACCUGAAAUACCGGUCAUUUCACUGGAUAGCUGUGACGAUGAAGCUAUGAAAAAUGUUCGGCAUGAAGGAUCUGAGAGAGAGAGCAGAGAAGCAGAAGAAGAAGAACAGAACGAGGGCAAGGUGUUCAACACCGGUAUAUCGAAUGGUGGUGGUGGGGUUAAAGAGGAGUAUGUAUAUAGGACCAAAGCCGAAGAGCGUAAAAUUCUGGCGGAUUUGAGCAGCUUCCCACAGCUCGCUACGAUGUUGGCUUUCGAUGCAAGAAUGAGGAAGAAGAGCAGGAGAGGAAACAGAAACAAGAGGAGGAAGAAGCAGCAAAAGAUUGAAUCCGUAGGUUCAAAUGCAAUGACUAAUACUAUGGAGGAAGAGAAACAGAUGGAUUCAAAUACAUAUACAAAAACAAAGACAUCGCUGGAAACACAACUGGUUAAGAAAAAGGGCGAUAUGGUGCUACUGAAGCUUCUUCGGCGGUAUGAACUACAUAUCUGCAAUGGAAAAGGUUGGCUCACUAAAAAUGUAACAGAGAAUCAAAGUUUAGUUAUCUGUUUAAGAUGUGGCGAUUCUGGACACGAUAUGUUCUCAUGCAGUAAUGAGUACAGUUCUGAUGUGAAAAAUGAUCAGAACGAAGGAUCGGAGAGAGAAAUUAGAGAAGAAGAAGAACAGAACGAGGACAAAGUGUUGAACAACAUUAUAUCAAAUGGUGGUUGUUGGGUUACAGAGGAACCAGAGAAAAUGGCAGCAAAUGAGAACUCAAAACCAGAAAUACGAGUGAUUUCACUGGAUAGCAGUGGCGAUGAAGCAACGAAAAAUGAUCGGAAUGAACGAUCAGAGAGAAAGAGCAGAGAAGCAGAAGAAGAUCAGAACGAGGGCAAGGUGUUCAACACUGUUAUAUCGAAUGGUGGUGGGGUUAAAGAGGAGUAUGUAUAUAGGACUAAAUCCGAAGAGCGGAAAAUAUUGGCGGAUUUGAGCAGCUUCCCACAGCUCACUACAAUGUUGGCUUUCGAGGCAAGAAUGAGGAAGAAGAGCAGGAGAGGAAACAGAAACAAGAGGAGGAAGAAGCAGCAAAUGACUGAAUCUGUAGGUCCUAAUACAAUGGUGGAUGAAACUGGGAGGAUAAGAGAAGUUUUGGAAACAAAACCAGCUAUGGUGUCUGAGAAUGAUGGGGCCCCGAGGCCCCCAACUCAUACUGUGGAGGAAGAGAAACAGAUGGAUUCAAAUACAGAUGCAAAAACAAAAACAUCGUUGGAAAUGCCACUGGUUAAGAGAAAGAACAAUAUGGUGCUACGGAAGCUUUUCCGGGGUCCAAGAUAUUUUGAUUCCCCACAAAGCAGUUGGGGGAUGUGCUACAAUUGUGGUGAAGAUGAUCACACAGAAGCAAACUGUACUAUGAGAAAACGGAAGAAACCAUGCUAUAUAUGUGGUGGUUUUACGCACAAUGCAAAGCGCUGCAAACAGCGGUAUGGACUGUAUAUCUACAAUCGAAAAGGUUGCCUCACCAAAGUUUGUCCAGAGAAAGAUGCAGCAGAGGAUCAAAGUUUAGAUAUCUGUUUAAGAUGUGGCGAUUCAGGACACAAUAUGUUCUCAUGCAGCAAUGAGUACAGUUCUGAUGAUCUCCGAGUAUUAAACUUUGCAUAUUCUUUUCUUUUUCGCUGGAGUGCCUUUCCAUGCCACCAAUGGCAAAUGGUCUAGUCCCCAUUAUAGCAGAAUCAAUUUGGGUUCCUCUUUUGUGACUAUUGUGUGUUUCCAUCUUGACAGCAAAUUCAGUGCUAUGUUUGCAAGGAUUUUGGCCAUCUCUGUUGUGCUGAAUAUAUACAUAAGAGUCCAGGACAAGUUUCCUGUUAUACCUGUGGGCAGUCUGGCCAUUUGGGUUCUAAAUGCGAAACUGUUUUGAGGUUGUAGUGACUCUCAACCAUCCUGGGGAAGAUCAUUUGCAAGGAGAAUGCAAUACACCAAAGUUCAUUUCGAAUGAUAUCAACAGCCUCUUCAAAGAUACUUGAGUUUGAUUAUGGCAUCUCUCUCUACCAGUGCACGUGCCUAAGAGCUUUGGGAGUUUAUCAGAUGCAGAGUUUGAACCUUGCAUUACCCUUUCUCAGCCUCAGAAAGUUCCAGAGUUGCUAAAUUACUAUUUACUCCACCGGCAGCAAAAAUUCUACCAAAAAGGAGUCUGGUCUUCAUCCCACAAUAGAUGAAUCAGAAGACCCGCUUAAACAGCCCACCCACACUCCCCUCUGCAUGUGGUGUGGGCAUUCAACUGCUGUUGUGAGCUCUGUAAAUAGCUGAUCUCUUGCAUGGUACUUUACGCAGGUUGUGUAUUAGGAUCAAUCCCAAACGAGCUUAGUUUGUCACUACAGCAAAAGACUGAAUCGCACACCCUUACUAUGUUACAACUUUCAAUACAGUAGGAAGAAAUAGUUAUUUGGUACUGAAAUCUUUU